UUUUAUGGGUUCAGCAGUUGUUCAUUUAAAUAUUUAAUAAUAUGCAUUUUAAAAUUAAUUCAGUACAUUUAAAGUAAAUUUGCUUUAAAAUGGAAGUUUUCUUUAACCAAGAUAUAAUUUAGAUUAAUGAAGAUCGUGCAUGGGAUAUCUGAAGAUGACUAGAAAAUUAAUAGCUACGCAAAGAUAGUUUCUCUUAUUAAAACAAUAAGCAAGUGACAGUCAUAUUCGAUAAUAUGUCUGUUAGCAGCAUAAUUUCUGUGUUAACCUUCAAACAUUUUUUGUCGGCAUAUCGACAGUUUUUAUUAGUUGUAAACAACUUUACUAAAGGUAUAUAAAAACUAUUCCAGUCGUUUUUAAUUUAGUUAACCGACGCGACAAACAAAAAAAAAGUCGAGAGGUCGAAAUUCAUUAAAAAAUGUUCUUAAUCUUAAUUUCACUAGUAGCAGUUUUGUUCCUCUACAAAGCAAAAUUAAAAAAUGGUUUGAAAAUUUUGUUGCGGGAUUCAAAGUUUUUAUCAAGAAUCAUUUUACUCAAACGUCGAUUUCGGACAUUCGAGAAAAAAGGGACGGUGGCCCAAAUUUUUACUAGCCUUGCAACGAAGCAUCCGAGUAAAGUUAUUUUUUAUUUUGAAGAUGAACAGUGGACAUUUUUAGACGUAGAAGUGUAUAGUAACAAAAUAGCUAAUUUCUUUAAACAAGAAGGUUAUCAAAGAGAAGACACUGUGGCGCUUUUUCACGAAAAUAGUCCUAAAUAUCCAUGCGUAUGGCUUGGUUUAAGUAAACUCGGCGUAAUUUCGGCUUUUAUCAAUACAAAUCUUACUGGAGAUGUUUUGAUUCACGCUUUGAAGAGUGCAAAAGUGACAGGAAUAAUUUACGGAUCCACUUUGAAUAAAGCUAUCAGUAAUAUCACUGGAAAAAUACCUGGUAUAAAACUUUAUCAGUUGCUCGACGGAAACGAAAAGACAGGUGUGUUAGAUGGUUCUAGGGAUUUAACACUGGAGCUGAAAAUGCAGUCAGAAUCUUCUCCGACAGAAGAAUUAGCAAACGGAAAAAUUACGGAUAAGUUAAUGUUGAUUUACACUUCAGGUACUACAGGUCUGCCUAAACCAACAAUUAUUACAAAUAAAAGAGCAAUGAGUUUUACUUUUGCCAUAAAGACUUUUACGAAACUAAGUUCUGAAGAUAUUUUUUAUGUGUGCUUGCCUAUAUAUCACAGUGCUGGUUCAGUCCCGAUAGUGUGUUGCUUCUUAUAUGGUUCUGCUUUAGCAAUGCGAAAAAAAUUUUCUGCUUCAAAUUUCUGGAAAGACUGUUAUAAAUACAAAUGCACGAUAUUUCAAUAUAUAGGCGAAAUUUGUCGAUACCUACUAGCGUCACGAGCCGGUACAGAAUUUCAUAUACAUCACCACCUUAAAACAAUUACUGGUAACGGUCUCCGCCCACAAAUCUGGAAGGAAUUUGUCACCAAAUUUAAUAUUAAAUAUGUGUACGAGUUUUAUACAGCUACAGACGGAAAUGUGUUUUUAAUAAAUACUCACAACAAAGUAGGUGCUGUAGGUUUUUUUCCUAGAUGGGCUUCAUUUAUGUCACCAAUCAAAUUGAUUAAGUUUGACGAAGACACAAGUUUACCCUUGAGAGGAAGCGAUGGCUUUUACCAAGUGUGCAAGACUGGAGAACCUGGAGUAUUAAUAGGAAAGAUGGAUGUUAAAGACAAUUCUUCUGGUUUCGUUGGAUAUUUAGAUGAAAGGGAUACCGAAAAAAAAAUACUCAGAAACGUCUUUAAAGUAGGGGAUGCUUACGUAAAUUCGGGAGAUAUUCUAGUCCAGGAUGAUUCGGGCUAUUUUUACUUUAAAGAUAGAACGGGGGAUACUUUCAGAUGGAAAGGAGAAAACGUAUCCACUACAGAAAUAGAGUCAGUCAUAACUAACCUCCUAAAUCUAAACGAUGUCAUCGUUUACGGAGUAGAGGUUCCCGGUGUCGAAGGUCGAGCUGGUAUGGUAGCCUUGAUAGACAGCAGUCGAUCGUUAAACAUGGAAAAAUUCUACAAAGAUUUGAAAGUUAAUCUUCCUUCUUAUGCUAUUCCGCUCUUCGUAAGAGUGGUGCAGCACAUACCGGUGACUGCCUUUGUGAUGCCGCUCCUCGCAUCCAAAUGCGCAACAAGAUAUAACCAUCGUGAAUAUGAUUGUUAUUAUUGCGAUUGUAAGAAAACAAGCGCUUUAGAACUGCACAGAAAUGCCACACACACCAGGAAACCUCUCAAAUGGUCACCGUACCCUCUCUCUCUAACGUCUCUCCAGUCUGAGAUCUCUAUGGCAGCGCACGCUAUUACAGAGUUUUGCAUGCAUCACCACAUAAAGAAAAUUAUUGGUAAUGGUCUACGACAACAAAUUUGGGAGGAAUUCGUCAACAAGUUUAAUAUAAAAUAUGUAUACGAAUUUUAUACAGCUAUAGACGGAAAUGUGUUUACAAUAAACAGUCACAACAAAGUAGGAGCUGUAGGUUUUUUUCCUAAAUGGUCUUCAUUUAUGUCACCCGUUAAACUAAUUAAAUUUGACGAAGAUACAAGUUUGCCGCUGAGAGGAAGUGACGGUUUUUACCAAGUGUGCAAAGCUGGUGAAUCUGGAUUACUAAUAGGAAAAAUGGAUCCUCAAAACCAAUCUUCCGGGUUUGUUGGAUAUUUAAAUGAAAACGAUAUCGAAAAAAAAAUACUCAGAAAUGUUGUUAAAAUAGGGGACGCAUACGUGAAUUCAGGAGAUAUUCUAGUCCAGGAUGAUUCCGGCUACUUUUAUUUUACAGACAGAGCGGGAGAUACAUUUAGGUGGAAAGGAGAAAAUAUAUCCACUACAGAAGUAGAAGCCGUAAUAACGAAUCUCCUAAAUCUAAACGAUGCUGUCGUAUAUGGAGUAGAGGUGCCAGGUGCAGAAGGUCGAGCUGGUAUGGUAGCCUUCAUAAACAGAAGUCGAUCGUUAAACAUGAAAAAAUUCUACAAAGAUUUAAAAGUCAAUCUUCCUUCUUAUGCUAUUCCGCUAUUCGUGAGAGCAGUACAGCAUAUACCAGUGACUGGUACUUAUAAAUUGCAGAAGGUACGCUUACGAAAAGAAGGUUUCAAUACUGAAAAAAUCCAAGAACCAUUGUAUGUGCUCGAUCUGGUAGAGAAGACAUACGUAGUGCUUACCAAAGAGAAAUAUGGCGACAUCAUGUCCGGGAAAAUUAAGUUCUAAGCGAAAAGGUGGUGGUGGUGGUUUAUCUAAAUAUUUUUAGAAUGAAAAUAAAAUAAAUCUUUGUUCGUGGUGAACCACAAAUUUAUGUGUUAAAGACAUAUUAAUA